GGCAUUGGUGUACUCGUCACAUGUUUCGGCGCUUGCUUGGAAAUUUGAAGACUUGUGCUUUUUUUCCACGCUCAGUUCAAUUGAAUUGUCUUGUUUAUAUAUAUUUUUUAAUCAUGUCGUUUUUAGAUGACGAUUGCGCGAGCAGUUUAACCGGGGCACAUUCACGACUGGAAAGUUAUGUUUUUAGCUGUGAAUUAUCUUCUGAAGUCCCCUUCUACACCUUCCAAGGCGAUGAGGAAGAGGAUUUGGAGCACUUUUUAGAGCUCCGUACGAUCUGCCUUGGCGAGGGGGCUAAAGAGGAGAACAACGUGGUGGAAGUAACUGCUAUGAAUCACCAGGGGAAGAAGAUUUCAGUGCCAUUAGCAAAUCUCCACAUUUCUUGUCUUCCCAUGGUAAGCCUUGGAGAAUUUGAAUUGAUGGCACCUGUAACACUACGCCUGAAAUCAGGAAGUGGGCCAGUAACAGUUAGUGGAUUACAUUUAAUUGCUUCAGAGAAUGAAGAUUCCGAGGUAUCUGAUGAAGAAGAUGAGUCUGAGGAGGAUUUGCCCCCGGUUAAGCCGGCCAAAAAGAAGCAGUAACUGUAGAGCAAACAUUUUAUGCAAUUUUAUACAACAGAAUGUUUUACAAUAAGAUUCAAAUACAGUUAAAACUGACUGUAGAGCAAAAAUAAACAAUGUGAAGCUGGAUUAUUUUUUUAAAUAAGUGGGCAAGCUCCAUGUACAUUUUGUAAUUCCUCAUGUGAAAAGUGUUUGAACAGUAAACCUGUUAAGUUCCGAAAUACUGUGUUUGUGUAAUACGAGCACUUUUUGCUUGACAUUGUAAUACUAUAAGAUACAUGGCAUUUUGGAACAAAACUGUUUUUCAUUGUCUAGUUUUUCAUUUGUUGAGAGACAGUUAAAGUUUACUAAGAAAUGCAUUUUCAUAUUAUUGGAUUACUUUUAAUUAACCUUGCUGACAUUCUGCACUGUUUCUUAGAGCUGUGUAUGCAUGAUCUUUUUUUUCUCUCUCUUUUUUCAUGUGGGAAGUGUUUUAAUUGUGGAUUUCGGUGAUAACUUGAAACAUGGUUGACUUUUUUUUUUUUUGUUAAAGGUUUUCUGAAUUCUGCAGUAUUACCUUUUUCCAUUCUUAGAAUUAUUCAAAGUCCGUUCAGAAAUCUAGACCUUUAAAAAAAAAAAAAAAGUAGCUACAUGAUUGUAUAGAGAGAACUGAGGACCUUCCUCGUUUUGUACUGUCCAUAUAUAAAUCAUUACAGGAGACUUAAAGCCAUGAUUUUGGCAAGGGGAGACCUGCAUGCAUAGGUUCCAUUAUGAUGUGAUUAUGUGUGAACAAUUAUAAAAUUUGUUUAUUUUCUAAUUUUACUACAAUUAAAGGUUACAUUUCUGUCA